AUGGCUGCAAACUUAUAAAAAAUUUUACCCUUUGAGGAAUCUGGUAACUUCGAUAGCAAUAAUUUAAUCAUCUUUUUGCAUGGAUAUCCUGACACUAGUGAUUUAUGGAAAGAAAUUUCAAAUAAAGUAGAUAAAGAUGCAUUUAUCUUAAACUUUAGCUAUCCAAACUAUUCUGAAAAAUAUUCUAAAAUAUUUGGAUUCACUCAACUUGAAGUAACGAAAAGAAUCAAAGAAAUAGUUGAUAUUUACUAAAAAAUAAAGUAGAGAGAUAUCACCAUAGUAGCCCAUGAUUGGGGUGCUAUACUUGCUUAUAUGCUUGACAAAAACUAUCCAGGUUACUUUAAAUAAAUGAUAGCACUUGAUGUAGCAGGAUGGAUUGAUAAAAGUCCAAAAGUAAUGAAAGCUAUUCUUUCUUACUAAUUUAAGCUAGCUUUAGCCUUUAUCAUAGGUUUAAUUCUCCCUUUUGUUGGCAAUUUUAUUACUGAUCAUGUUGUUAAAGGAUAUUUUAAAUACUAGCCAGAACACCACAAGCGCAUUAAUUAUAAAUGGAACUACUUUUACGUUUACUUUUUAUUUAAUGCAAUAAUCUCCAUAUUCAGUCCUAAAGCUAAUUACCUUUAUAAAUACAAACCAAACAUCCCAGUUGUUUUUAUAUAUGGUGAAAAGAAACCCUUUUAAUUCCACUCUUAAAAAUGGAUUGAAUACUUACAAAAUACUAAAGGUUGUGAGUGUUAUGGUGUCUAAUCAAACCAUUGGAUUCCACAAAACGAAGGAGAUUUUGUAGUUGCUACAAUUAAAAGAAGACUUCAAGCUAAAUGA